AUGGCUGAGUCAAAAUACGGCCGCAUCCGCCUCCGCCCCAUGCCUCCAGGACCCGACCUCCUCCCAGUUCCACCCCAGUACCCCCCAGGCAGAGUUCGGCGAAGGCGGGCUUCUGGAGACUUUCCUCAACCACUGCCUCCUGAAGCUAUCGGCAAAGGCAGGGGCGAGUACCAAGACGCCGAAGAGGAGUGGGAGGAAUAUCAAGGGUACAUCACAUCCCACGACGCUGUGGUGCCUCCUCGUCACUCGCUUCCACCGCCCAAGGAUCGUAGGAGAUCCUUAAAAGCCCCCAAAGCCCCUCGACCUCUUACGCCCGAAGUAUCAUACAGCAGCGACCAAGAGCUACUCUCGCCUCCCACCAACCGCCGGAACGCGUCCGCAUUGGGACUGAUUUCUCCCCAGCUGCAGCGUUCGAAGAGUGAUAGAAUUCCCAAAUCUGCUAGGAUCAACCUCUCGCCGACCCACAGCGACUUUGCAAGGUCCUUGUCAAACGCGUCUCGGUCGUCAUUCCUUGGUGACAGAGCGUACCGCUACCGGCCGCUUGAGGAACAGUCCAUCAGACUGAUCAAGAUCCUACCGGAAAGAAAGACAAUGAUCAAGUGCGAGAUCAUCCAUGUAUCCCUAGAAGAGCCCCCUCGAUAUGUCGCCAUCUCGUACGCGUGGGGAGACCCGAGAGACACGGGCAGGAUCGAGGUUGAAGGAUGUCCCACAUAUGUCUCGGCCAGUCUUCACGGCGCCCUUCAGGCACUUCGAAAGAGAGCAGAGUCGGUUCUGGUGUGGGUAGAUGCUCUAUCCAUCGACCAGCAGAAUCGAGACGAGCGAGCUCAGCAGAUUCAGCUCAUGCCCGAUAUCUACUCCAGCGCUGUGUAUGUCGCGAUUUGGCUGGGUCCUGAGGAAGACGAUAGUUCACAUGCUGUCAACUUUCUUUGCGACGUGGCUAAGGAGGCCAAGUACCCGGACGAAGUCUCGCAGCUCUUGGCGGAGGGAGCAAGGAACGGAGAUCUCGCUGCUGUAGUAUCCUUGUUUGAGAGAGACUACUGGAGAAGACUGUGGGUUGUCCAAGAAGUCUUCAACGCGAGGGAAAUCGACGUCUAUUGCGGAUCUUCCAGGGUUCCAUGGAACACGUAUCAGCGUGCGUCAGAUGUCUUCAGUCAGCACCGCGGCAACCAGGCCUUCCGAAAUGAUCAGAUCGAGGGGAGACGCGCUGUUGGUUCACCGGAUCAGUUCAGCUGCGCUCAGGUUCUGAUGUACCAAGGCCCAGCGAGUAUUCCUGACCUCCGAGCCUACAUGGACUGCGGAGAAGCAGCUCUGCUCGAGAUUCUUCGAGCGUGUCGGAGAAAGCUUGCCUCGGAUCCAAGGGAUAAACUCUUUGGCAUUCUCGGCGUCUUGCCGGAUGAGAUACGCAAGGAGUUUCAUGCCGACUAUAAUCUCCCAGUCAAGGAUGUAUACACCGAAGUCGUCGACUAUCUCCUAACGACGACGCGAUGUCUUGACGUUAUCUGCGAGGCAAUACACUUUCCAGUCCACACAAGCUCAGCCAACCUACCCUCCUUCAUCCCGGAUUGGUCACACAUCCCGCAGACGACGUCCUUGGGUUGCAAGUUCGGCUUCUCUGCAUCAGGGAAUACCAAGGCUCGCUGCGAAUUUCUCGACUACCGACUGAACAAGCUGCAAAUAGAGGCAAUACCCCUCGAUACGAUCAAGACGAGAGGCGUCGCAGUGGGUACCCUCUGCAACUUGGGAGACUACCUCAUGGCCUUUUUGCACUGGAGGGCAUUGCUCCUAGACGCCUUCAGCCAGGAGAGCGACGCGUCUAGUCAGGCGGCCGAGGAACACUUUGCAAUAACGCUGUGUCUCGGACAGAUCCCAGAGCCAUAUAAGGGAGCGAGUGAGUGGGUGGCGGCCUGCUACAGUGUUUUUGCCAACUUGAUCCGCGAGCGGCUGCCGUAUCUGCCCCUGGAUCAGACCUUGCGGGAAUAUCUGCAUUUGGAGGUGGGCGUGCAGCCCGAGGAGAGGAGGGAUUUUUUACAGAAGCAGAUUGGAGAUAGGAUGAUGGGGCGGUGCUUGUGCAUCACCGAGGAAAACAGGAUCGGGAUGGGAUCAGGGUUCAUGCUCCCUGGGGACCAGGUCGUGGUGCCCUUGGGUUGUUCAACCCCUAUUCUGCUGAGACCUGAGGGUACCCGUGGCGAGUACCGCUUUGUGGGGGAUGUGUAUAUCAGCGGGUACAUGGAUGGGAGGGCUAUUGGGCAGUGGAAGGCAGGGCAGAGGAGCUUGAAGAAGUACGUACUGCAUUAA